CCGCUUCCUUCCAUCGACGCUGACGCACCCUUUCCCGACACACAAGCACACUCGACGGAUCGACAUCAUCCAAUCCAGAAUGUUCAAAAUUCCAGCAAGAGGCCAAAACGGCCCCUUACAAGGCAGACUGACAGACAGGCAUGGACCCAACGCGCACGCACAGCCGGCUGGCAUCAUCGCUCAUGAGAGGUCUUGUGCUCAGACGGUCCCGUUCAUGGUCUUCUUCUCGUGGCUUAGGUUCUUGACCUGCUCCCACGAGAUCUUGAUGUCGUCGCGCCCGAAGUGGCCGUACGCCGCCAACGCGCAGAAACCGGGCUUCUGAACACAUUAACACAACGGAUGGAUGGACGCCCGCAGGUAUGUGUGUGGGGUGUUUGGGGGGGACGGUGGGGGGUGGAGAGGUUGACCUUGAGGUGCAAGUCCCUCUGGAGGCAUCCUGGCCUGAAGUCGAAGUUCUUCUCGACGAUCUUGAGGAGGUCCUCGUCGGUGUAGCCAGAGGCCGCGGUGCCGUACGAGUCGACGAACAUCGACAGCGGGUGGGCCACACCGAUAGAGUAAGACACCUGACAGACAGACAGACAGACAGACAGAGACGCACACAUCAACGGACGGAUGCAUGUGUGAAUGGAUGUGUGUGUGGUGGUGCUGACAUACCUGGACGAGGCACCGCUUGCAGAAGCCACCGGCGACGAGCGACUUGGCGGCCCAGCGGGCGCCGUAAGCCGCUGACCGAUCCACCUGAUCAACACGCACACAAGCGACACAACACAAAAGGAGUCAGCAGACGGGAAGACCGGCGUGCAGCCUCCCUCAUGUAUGUUCGUGUGUGUACCUUGGUGGUGUCCUUGCCCGAGAAGGCACCGCCGCCAUGAGCACCCCAGCCGCCAUAGGUGUCAAUGAUGAUCUUGCCUGCACACACACAUCAGACAGGACAGCCAUGCCGCCCACACCAUCACCCCCUCCCUCCCUCCCUCCCUCCCUCCCUGGUGUGCUCAGCUCACGUCCAGUGAGUCCUGCGUCUCCGUGUGGUCCGCCGAUGACGAAUUUGCCGGAGGGGUUGAGGUGGAAGAUGGUGUUGUCGUCCAUGAACUUGCCCGGGACGAUCGGCUUGAUGACGUGCUCCAGCAGGUCCUUGCGCAGCGUCUCGUUGCUGACCUCGGGGGCGUGCUGCGUCGAGAUGACGAUCGUGUGCACCCGCUGGGGCACCAUGGCGCCGUCGAUCUUCUUGUACUCUAUCGUCACUUGGGUCUUUCCGUCGGGGCGGAGAUACGGCAGAGUGCCUGGUGGAGGUCAACAAAACAGCAGAUCAAUGUGCGUCUUGCAUGUGUGCGCGUGUGAGUGUGUGUGUGUGUGUGUGCGUGUGAGUGUGUGGACUGACCGUCCUUCCUGACGUCUGUGAGCCUCUUGCCGAGCUUGGUGGCGAGCGAGUGGGUGAGGGGCAUCAGGUCGGGCGACUCGUCCGAGGCAUAGCCGAACAUGUGACCCUGAUCGCCCGCACCUGAACACACACACACGCGCGGUGCCCAUCCCUCCAUUCAUUCACCCCUGCAGCGACAGUGUCUGUGUGGUGUCUGGUCGUCUCGGCUGGCUGGCUGACCGAUUUCCUCGACGCUCUUGUUGACGUGGACGGCCUGUGCGAUCUCGGGGGACUGCUCCUCGAUGGCGACGAUGACCUUCAUGGUCUUGUAGUCCAGCCCCUUCUGCGGGUCGUCGUACCCGAUGUUCUUGCACGUCUGACGCACAAUCUCCUCGUAGUCAACGUUAGCCUUGGUCGUGAUCUCGCCAAACACCAUCACCAUUCCUGCAUAUAAUCAACACACCACACCACAGGCAUCGCAUCCCCCCUGCACAGCGCCCAUCUCUGGCCGCAUGUGCCUGUGUCCUGACGUACCGGUCUUGGUACAUGUCUCGCAGGCGACCUUGGAGUCGGGAUCUUGCGCCAGGCAGGCGUCGAGCACAGCGUCGGACACCUGGUCGCACAGCUUGUCGGGGUGGCCCUCGUUGACCGACUCAGAGGUGAACAGGAAGCAGCCGGGUGCGGGAGGGCGAGGAGCGGCCAUCGUGUCACGCUGAGAUGG